GUCUCCAUGGUGACACUGAGGUGACACUGAGGUGACAUUGCCAUCCUCAGUGGUGUGGGUUAUCACCCCGGGGUCUCCAUGGUGACACUGAGGUGACAACAAGGUGACAUUGCCAUCCUCAAUGGUGUGGGUUAUCACUGUGGGGUCUCUAUGGUGACACUGAGGUGACACUGAGGUGACACAGAGGUGACACUGAGGUGACAAUGAGGUGACACUGAGGUGACACGGUGCCAUUCCCGUCCCCAGGAGCCAUGUCCUGAUGGUGUGGGUUAUCACUGUGGGGUCUCCAUGGUGACACUGAGGUGACACAGAGGUGACACUGAGGUGACACGGUGCCAUUCCCGUCCCCAGGAGCCAUGUCCCGGCGGCGCUGAGCCUCGCCGGACCCCUCACCCCGCCAUGGGGAGCAUCUACAAGGAAUACUUCAACCGCGACAAGAUCCGCGAGCACUACAACUUCACCAAGGGCGACACCGAGAGCGCCCUGGCGCCCUCGCGCUGGGUGGGCUCCGUCCUCAUCGUCCUCCUCUGCUGCUUCAUCGUCCUGGAGAACCUCCUGGUGCUGGUGUCCAUCUGCCGCAACAAACGCCUCCACCUGGCCAUGUACAUCUUCAUCGGCAACCUGGCCGCCUCGGACCUGCUGGCCGGAGCCGCCUUCAUGGUCAACACCCUCCUGUCGGGCAGCACCACCUUCCGCCUGACGCCGGUGCAGUGGUUCGUCAGGGAGGGCACGGCCUUCGCCACGCUGGCCGCCUCGGUCUUCAGCCUGCUGGCCAUCGCCAUCGAGCGCCACGUGGCCAUCACCAAGGUGAAGGUGUACAGCAGCGAUAAGAAUUGCCGCAUGGUGCUGCUGAUCGGCGCCUGCUGGUUGAUCGCCGGCGCCAUCGGGAGUUUGCCCAUCAUGGGCUGGAAUUGUAUCAGCGAUUUGGGGGAUUGCUCCACGGUGCUGCCGCUCUACUCCAAGCGUUACGUGCUCUUCGUCACCACCAUCUUCACCCUCAUCCUGCUGGCCAUCGUGGGGCUCUACACGCGCAUCUACUGCGUGGUGCGCUCCAGCCACGCCGAGAUCGCCUCGGCGCAGACUCUGGCGCUGCUCAAGACCGUCACCAUCGUGCUGGGGGCCUUCAUCGUCUGCUGGUCGCCCGCCUUCAUCAUCCUCCUGAUGGACGCCUCGUGUCCGGUGCGCUCCUGCCGCGUUUUGUACAGCGCCAAUUAUUUCUUCGCCUUCGCCACGCUCAACUCGGCGGCCAACCCGGUGAUUUACAUGCUGAGGAGCAAGGAGAUGCGCGGCGAGUUCCUGCGCGUGCUGUGCUGCUGCAGCCGCGGCCGGCGGCGCUCCAGGCCCCCCGGCCGGGCGGGGGUCCCCUUACGCACGUCCAGCUCGCUGGACAAAGGCGCGGCCGGAGCCGCGGCCGAGCUGCCCACGGCGCCGUUGACCAGAGAGUGCACCACGUGUGUGUGAGGGGGGUGUGGGGGGUCUGAGGUGGUGGGUCACUCUGGGGAUACCUCGAGGUCACCUCAUGGAUACCCCGUGGCUCCAUGGACACCCUGGGGACACCCCCAAGUGCAUGGGUCACUCUGGGGAUACCUCAAGGUCACCCUGGGGACACCUCAAAGUCUGUGGGUCACCCCAUGGACACCCCAAAGUCCAUGGGUCACCCUGGGGAUACCUCAAGGUCACCCUGAGGACACUCCACGGCCACCCCGUGGACUCAUGGACACCCCAAGGUCACCCCAUGGCCCCAAGGCCACCCUGGAGACACUUCAUGGACACCCCCAAGUCCAUGGGUCACCCUGUGGACACCCCAUGGCCUCAA